GUUCAUUACAAUGCUUGACCAAAACGUGUUGCACCCAUGUAGAAACUGUUGUGUGGUUCUGGGACGUUGUCUGUGUAAUUGCUGCUGUCAGGGCAUAAUUGAGCGAGACACCAUCUAGAGGAUGGUCACUAACCUGCUGUCCGCCAAGCACAGGAAUGUCUGGAAUGUUUUGGUGCUGGACUCUCUUGUGGUUGGUACAUUAGUGGGGAAAGUUGGGGAACCAGGACACAAGAGACGCAACAGUGUAGUAUUGUUGCCCCCUGACUUGUCUUCAAUCAGGAUUGUGCUUCUGGGGAAGAGUGACUCAAAAAAGAAAUUGGUGGGCAACAUAAUCCUAGGACAAGAAGCUUUUAAGUCUCCUAGGUCUCGAUUCUUCAGCUAUGAACAGCAAUGUGAGUCAGCCAGUGGAAAGAUGAAUGACAAGUCAGUAACUGUCAUAAAGACUCCAGACCUGCUUUCUGUGUCUGUGGAGUCCAUGAUGAAGGUGAUGGAGAACUGUAAGACCCUGACAGCCCCUGGACCUCAUGUUCUUCUGUUGGUGUUAAUGCCUGAAGAGUUCACAGAGGAGAACAGAAACACUAUGAAGUGGAUCCUGAGUCUGUUUGGUAAAGAUGCCUUCAAACACUCAAUGGUGAUCACUACUCACAAGGAGGAAGCAGAAAAGCCACAACUGAAUCAAGUUAUAAAAGAAUAUGGAGGAAGGUUUUACCACAUGGACUCACAAGGAAGUGACCACAAAGAGUUAACAAAAAAAGUGGAAAAGAUGGUAGGAGAGAAUGAUUAUAAAUACCUCACCUACAAUGAGAAGAACACACAUGAUACCAUCAAACCAUUUCCUGAAAGAAUAAACUUGGUGCUGUGUGGAAGAAAUGGAGCCGGAAAAACCUUGGUAUCCAAUGCCAUUCUGGGUCAGUCAGAGUCCAUCUCCUCCUUGGUGUGUGUAAAGAGAGAAGGAGAGAUAUGUGGUCAGCAGGUCUCCAUCAUUGAGAUGCCUGCUCUGUAUCUCACACAUCUCACCCAGGAGGAAGUGAUGGAUGAGAGUUUCCGCUGUGUCUCUCUCUGUGAGCCUGGAGUCCAUGUUUUCCUCCUGGUCGUCCCUGUGGGUCCACUCACUGAUGAAGACAAAGGAGAGAUGGAGACCAUCCAGAACAUUCUGGGCCCACAAGUCAAUGACUUUACCAUGGUUCUGUUUAGACAGGAUUACAUUCCAGUUGAUAAGACAACAGUGGACUUUCUUGAACAAAAUGCAGACAUGAAGCAACUGAUCAAGACAUGUGGAGGGCGCUACCAUAUAUGUGAUGCCUCAGAGAUUAAGAAUACUAAACAGAUGACAGAGCUUGUAUCUGAUAUAAUCAAACAGGUUCUACACAAAUCAUGCUACACUCCAUACAUGUAUGUGAAGGCACAGAACAGAAGAAUCCUGGAACUGAAGGAGGAAAUUCACAGAAUGUCAAAAGGUGCUGAAUCAGAGUCCUCCACUACUGAGUGUUUGAGGGUGGUGAUGAUUGGGAAAACUGGGAAUGGGAAGAGCGCCUCCGCAAACACCAUCCUGGGAAGAGAGGAAUGUGAAUCUGAAACCAGCACUGAUUCUACAAAAAUAGUUUGCCAGAAAAUAUUUGGCAAAGUAAAUGGAAGAACAGUUGCUGUGGUGGACACACCUGGUCUAUUUGACACAGGAUUAUCUAAUGAAGCUAUUCAGGAGGAGAUAAUGAAGUGUGUUUCCCUGUCAGCCCCGGGACCCCAUGUGUUUAUUAUAGUACUAAGAAUCGGGACAAUGACACCAGAGGAGAUGGACACUUUGGACCUCAUAGAGAAAACCUUUGGUCCACAGGCAAGACAGUUCAGCUUAGUUCUGUUCACCAGAGGAGAUGAAUUGAAAAAGUCAGUUAAAGAUUUAAUUCAGAGCAGUGAAAAUGACAAACUGAGAAAGCUGAUCAGAGAUUGUGGAGACAGAGUCCAUGUCUUCAACAACAAAGACAUCAAUGACCGCACACAGGUCACUGAGCUUUAUGACAAGAUUGACAAAAUGGUGUCAGAGAACAAAGGCACUUUCUACACCAGUGAGAUGUUCCAGAAGGCAGAGGCAUCAAUUACACAAAAACAGGAAGAAAUACUGAAGGAGAAAGAAGCAGAGAUAAAAGCUGACAUCGAGAAACUGAAGGUCCAGCAUGAAACUGAAAUGGAAAUGAUUAAGUCAAAGUUAAAAGAGGAAAGAUUAAAAGUUCAGAAGGAAAGAGAGAUAAGAGAAAACAUUCUAAAAGAAAAAGAGGAAGCUAUCAGAAAAGAACAUGAAGAAAUGGAGAGAAAAGAGAAGGAACAGAGGCUGGAGGAUGAAAAAAGGAAAGAACAAGAAACAUUACAAAGGAUAAAAUGGGAGAAAGAAAAAGAGAACAUGGAAAAAGAGAUACAAACUCAGAAAGACAGGUUUGAACAAAAACAAAGUGAAAUGGAUAAAGAAUAUAGAAUAAGACUGGAGGAACAAAGACAACAAGAGAAGGAUAGAGAAGAAAUUAUGUUAGAAGAACAAGAGAAGCAGCUUGCAGACCUUAAAAGGAAACAGGAAGAUGAAAUUGAAAGGAGAGAGAAAGAAGAGCAAGAGAGGAAGAAGAAUGAAGAGAAAGAAAGACAAGAGUGGCAGAGAAAAAUAGAGGAAGCACAGAAAGGUCAAACAGAAAUGCAACAGGUCAGGUUGAGAGAUAAACAGGAAUGGGAGGAACAGCAGAAGAAAGAGAGAGACAGACAACAGGAAGAAGUAAGACAAAGAAGACAGAAGGAGACUGAAUCUAUUAAACAACAAGAGGAAGAACAGAGGAGACUGAGAGAGGAGUUUGAAAGAGAGAGAGAAAAAGACAGAAUAAAGAACCAUGAAUUAGAUAAGCAGAGAAGGGAGAUGGAGAUGCAAGAAAGAGACAGAAUAGAAAAAGAGUUUCAAGAAAAGAGGAGAGAGUUGACAAACAAAAUGACCCAGCAGCAGGAAGACUGGGAGAGACAACGUGGAGAGGAAUGGGAAAGGAGACAUCAGGAUGAUCUAAAUCGAAGAAAGGAGGAAGCGCGAAGACUGAAGGAACUGGAGGAACAUUUCAGACAAGAACGUGAAGAAGAGAACAGGAGGAGGGAGAACGAAGAUAAAGUCAGGAGGGAACGAGAACAGAAAAAAUUACAGGAAAUGGAGGCAGAGAAUGUAAGACAACAAAAACUAAUUAUAAGUAAAUAUAAAGAAGAGGCCAGAAGAAAUGCAGAGGAGGUUAAUAAGUUUAGAGAGAUAUAUGAUGAAAUGACAAUCAAAUUGUUGGAUUCGCAGGAACAUACAAUGAAUUUACUAAAGCAAAAGCACAAAGAGGAGAAUGACCAAUUAAAGAAUCUCUAUAGUCAUGAUAAAAAGCAACUGACAGACAGAAUUAAAGAAUUGGAAAAAAAGCAUGAAGAUGAGAUAAAAGGAUUGAAUCAACAAAAGCCAGGAAAAUGUGUAAUACAGUAAGAAUCUAUAGCAAUCACUAGGAAUGUUAUAACCCAAAGUAGUUCAUACCAGAUAUCCACCACAUAUCUUCUACACUGAGACUGCAGUGAUGUGAGCAGCAGUGAACUAAUAAUAUAUAGGAUGCACAAUAAAACAAAUGAUUUAUCCAGAGCAACUUGAGAGGCUGGAAUUGUGAGGUCUGAUUUAGAGCAUCUGUGGCU